AUGUCGAUUAUUUAUGAAGACGAGCAUGUCAAAUUAUCACAAUACACGCUAUUCAUUAAAAAUUAUCAUUUUCCGACAAAGAAAACCAAAACUGUUUCGUUGAAGUCGAUUAAUACCUUGUGGUUUGAGGACCAAGAAACCUGCAAAGGGGCAGCGACCAAAGUAUGGGGAAAAGCAUCAGCGCCAUGCAUUUAUUGGGCUCUUGAUGUGAAAAGAUGUCUUGCUGGAGUGUCGCCACGCCCGCAAACCAAAUCCAAUGUGGUGAUUGAUUGCGGUGCAAAAGUGCGAAUCGGCUUCACCGUCGAAAAUAUCGACGAGUUCAUGGAUGCAAUUCGUUCUCUCCUUGAUUAUCACGUCAUCAUAGUGAACUACAUCAAUUUGCCGUAA